UUUCUGGAGGCGAUGGGUGUCUCUGAGCUCUGGUCCAUCCUGGAUCCGGUCCGGCAGUGUGUGCCGCUCUACAGUCUGUCAGGAAAGACCCUCGCCGUGGACCUCAGCCUGUGGGUGUGCGAGGCCCAGCAUGUGCAGGGCAUGAUGGGAAGAGUCACCAAACCCCAUCUCAGGAACCUGUUCUUCCGCGUGUCCUCGCUCACACUGAUGGGUGUGAAGCUGGUGUUUGUGAUGGAGGGAGACGCGCCGAGCAUCAAAGCCGAGACCAUGAGCAAACGCAGCGAGAUGAGAUACGGAGGAGCCAAGGCCAAACCGACCGCUGCUAAAAACACCAGCAGAGGAAGAUUCAAGGCCGUCCUGAGAGAGGUGAGCUGGGUUAAAGCCGCGGGCGAAGCCGAGGCUAUGUGUGCCUAUCUGGACUCACAGGGCGUGGUGGACGGAUGCAUCACUAACGACGGAGAUGCCUUCUUGUACGGUGCUCAGACCGUCUACAGGAACUUCAACAUGACUACAAAGGAUCCUCAGGUGGACUGCUAUCAGACGUGUCGUGUUGUGUCCGAGCUCGGGCUCUCUAGAGACUCUCUCGUGGGGCUGGCCGUUCUCCUGGGCUGCGACUACAUCCCCAAGGGCGUCGCCGGAGUCGGCAAAGAGCAGACACUGAAGCUGAUUCAGAAUCUGAAAGGAAAAAGUCUUCUUCAAAAGUUCACUGAGUGGGGCGCAGACAGAGUGGAAAGGUCAGAGGUCGCGGUGAAGAAGGUCACGCACUGUCUGGUCUGUCGACACCCUGGCUCGGCUAAAACGCACGAGCGCAGCGGCUGUGUGUUCUGUGAGAGCGAGCGCUUCUGUUCGCCGCACGACUACGAUUCCCAGUGUCCCUGUGAGUGGCACCGCACUGAACACGCUCGCCAGGGGUCCUCUGUCGAAGCCAGCAUCAAGAAGAAGACGCUGGCGUGUGAGCAGUUCCCCUUUACUGAGAUCAUCAGUGAGUUCUUGGUGCCGAAGGACAGACCCGUGCAGCCGUUCCGCCGGAGGAAGCCCAACCUGCUGCUGCUGCAGAAGUUUGCUCUGGAGAAGAUGGACUGGCCCAAACACUACAGCAGCGAGAAGCUUCUGGUGCUGAUGACCUACACCGAACUCAUGAACCGCAAACACGGCCGCGACUCGCAGGCGCAGAUCCAGCCAAUCAGAAUACAUAAAGCGCGUGUCAGGAACGGCGUCUCCUGCUUCGAGGUCAUCUGGAAGAAACCAGAUCACUAUGUGUUCGCUGAGGGCCGUGAGGAGCAGACGGAGGUGCACACGCUGGAGGAGGAGUCUCUCUUCAGCCUGGCCUUCCCUGGGAUCGUGCAGGACUUCCAGCGGGAGAGAGCCGUCGCUCAGGAGAACAACACCAAGAAAAGGAAGCCGAAAGCAAGGAAAGAGAAGCCGGCUGAUUCCCAUGAUGCCGUGUCGGAUCUCUUUGCUCAGAUGUCUUUGCAGACAGACACGGAUCCAGACCCUGGAGCUACCCAGAAUCCUCCACGGCCCCAUUCCCCUCCGUCUCCUGAGAUCCAGCUGCCUCCUCCUUCCCAGAAUUCCCUGUCAGAGUCGGCUCUGAUUGGCCAGCUGCAUCUCAGCAGUAUAGACUGGGACUCUGCGUCGUUCACCGCCUCGCCGUCCCAGAAGCCUCAGAGUGACCGAACUGACCCGAGCCCUGCGGAAAACACAACCUGUUCUCUUAAAGAGCGAAUAAUCAUGAAAAACAGCCAGAAACAGCAGCUGAAGAGUCCUGAAUCUGAAGAAGACCACUGCCGUUCAGUCCCAACUAAUGCUCCAAAGAACAAAACCACUACUAAUCCCUCCGGCAAAACCAGCAGAAACCCCCUCAGACCAGCAGCCAGGCCUCUGAAGAGAAACCCUUCUGAGAAGUGCAGGAGCGUGUGUAAGACGAGUCCCGUCAGUGACGACAGCGACGCUGAGAACCGACCCGGAUCACACGAGACCAGCAUCACCGCGGACUCGCUCGGGCCGCAGAAAUCAGCCAGGAGCCAGCAGCCCAGUGUUAAAGCUGCUGACACACCGGAGAAAGAGUCUCACACUGCCGGCAGACCAGCCACACUCAGCCAGGUGCAUCAUGGGACGCUUGAGGAGGACGACUCGGACGCUUCGCUGGACAGUCCUCGCCCGCUGGCUGAGAGACUCAAGAUGAGGUUUGGAAAGUGAACGGAGCGGAAGAGAGACUGUUUGUUUGUUUGUUUGUUUGAGAGAAUAAUGUUUGGAAUUAAAAUUUGCUAACGAAUUUAUACACAAUUUCUCUUUUUAUGUGCAGUGUUUUGUCAGAUACUUUUAUAAAUAUGGUUAACCUAGACUAUUUGUGUUCAAUCAUUAAAAACAUUAAUAAGUU